GCCCGGCCGGCCCCGCUGCCGAGGGGCUGUGCCGGGAUGGGGCGCGGGCAGGGGAUGCACGGAGCCCCGCGGGGUCCCGGCCCUGCCCGCGGAGGCAUCCGCGGGGCGCGGAGCCUUUUGUUAUGCUAAUCCGAGCUGACAUCACUCCGCAUAUCAAAGCCGAGGGGGCCGCAUAUAAGGCGACUCCGGGGGCCGCCCCGCCAGAGCGGCUCCGGUCCCUGCGCAGCCCGGCCCGGGCGGAGAGUUGCAACCUUUUCCGUGAGUUCCAGGUGCCAAGGACUUGGAAGAAGUGAGAGGCAGAGUUAAUGAAGUGAGAAGAAAAGCAAAAGGUUAUUCAUCUCCAAGAACAAGCAAUACCCAAACUAAAGGAAAAUACAUUGCACAAAAUAUUAAGAAAACUCCUUUUUAAAAAAAAAAAUUCUUUGGAGAAGCUGGUUUCCUUUGGCUAGCAGGAGAAAGUGGAGAAAAUGAAGCCAAGUCUGCGAUUUUUCUUAGCUGGAUUUCUGUUGUGGAUUCUGCAGACAGGGCUGUGCUAUGGGAUAAAAUGGAUAGCUCUGUCCAAGACUCCUUUGGUUUUGGCCCUGAAUCAAACCCAGCACUGCAAGCAGCUUGAAGGCCUGGUGGUUUCUCAGGUGCAGCUGUGCCGCAGCAACCUGGAGCUAAUGCAGACCAUUAUUCAGGCAGCACGAGAAGUGAUAAAAACCUGCCGUAAAACCUUUUCAGACAUGCGGUGGAACUGCUCUUCAAUAGAGCUGGCUCCUAACUACUUGCUGGACUUGGAGAGAGGCACAAGGGAGUCAGCAUUUGUGUAUGCCCUGUCUGCUGCUGCCAUCAGCCACACCAUUGCCAGAGCCUGCACCACCGGGGACCUCCCUGGCUGUUCCUGCGGUCCCAUCCCAGGUGAGACACCUGGACCUGGGUAUCGAUGGGGAGGAUGUGCAGACAACCUCAACUAUGGUCUUAUCAUGGGGUCCAAAUUUUCAGAUGCUCCCAUGAAGAUGAAAAAAUCAGGAUCACAAGCCAAUAAACUGAUGCAUCUGCACAACAGUGAAGUAGGGAGACAGGUCUUGAAAGCCUCUCUUGAAAUGAAAUGUAAGUGCCAUGGAGUUUCUGGGUCAUGCUCUAUCAAGACCUGUUGGAAAGGCCUUCAAGAACUGCAAGACAUUGCACUGGACCUCAAAACCAAAUAUUUAUCUGCCACUAAGGUUGUUCACCGGCCCAUGGGCACACGCAAAUACCUCGUGCCAAAGGAUAUUGAUAUCAGACCAGUUAAGGAGACAGAGCUGAUUUAUCUGCAGAGCUCACCCGAUUUCUGCAUGAAGAAUGAAAAAGUGGGGUCACAUGGGACCCAGGACAGGCUGUGGGCAAUGGGGAAGGUAUAUGGGAAGGCAUAUCUCCUACUAGACUUUUUUUUUUUUUUUGGGCAAACCACAGGAGUGGAUGGAGAGAAAGAGAGAACCCCAGGUCCCAGUACAGCAGACAAUGCAACAAGACUUCCAAUGGGAGUGACAGCUGCGACUUGAUGUGCUGUGGCAGAGGCUACAACCCCUACAUGGACAAAGUGGUGGAGCGUUGCCACUGCAAAUAUCACUGGUGCUGCUACGUGACCUGUAAAAAGUGUGAGAGGACUGUUGAGAGAUAUGUGUGCAAAUGAAAACCCUCCUCUGCCCACCUGGGAGCUGAGACAGCAGUGGCACCUAUUCAGAGAAAACAUUUCCUUGACUAGACACCAUUUAUCUUUUAAAGACACAGACUUGAG